UAGCAACUAGUCGAAAUGCCGUCCUUCUGGACGCAAAUUUCGGGACCACGGCUUUAUGGAAUUUUUGGACAACCCAAUCGACAGGAACCAACACUGGAAAAUCUCGGAAACACCGUCAUAUCGUUUUCUGCAGGAAUUUACUACAUUGCCAGUUCAUUAGCUUUUGGCCCCGUAAUAUUAUGUUACUUGUACAGUCGAGACUGGCUCACACCAGCUGGAAUGCUGACAAUUCUGAAAUAUGCCGGAUAUUUAACACUAAUCGGUUAUGGAGCAAGAACAUUCGGUCGGCUCUUUGACGAAACAAACUCGAGAUUUUUAGAUAUUUGGGAAAACGAAAAAAACAAGAAGGAUGACAACAGUCAUGCAGCACUAAAGAAGUACGACUUUGAACUUCUAGACGUGAUUCCCGAUUUUGUAGCUCGCCCCAAUUCGGAUUUAUGGCAUUUAAAACCAGAAGUCGCUGAAGCCGGCGUUGUUACUCGCGGUCUGGCGAGUUGGGCGAUUCACGCAUUUGGAAGACAUUUGAUUUAUCCCGGAUCAAUGGCACUUUUGAAAUACAUGAUGAGACCAAAUUUGAAUGCUGCACGAAAGCUUCUGGUUCAAAAUAAGAAUGGGCAGCGUUUGUGGAUCAAAUCGUCAGAAGGAGACACUCUCGAUGCGAUGUUUUUGAGAGGCACUAAUCAAUCACAGGAUCUUAUAAUAUGUUUUGAAGGAAAUGCCGGAUUUUAUGAAAUUGGAGUAAUGAACUCUCCUGCUCAAUUGGGAUAUACGACUCUCGGCUUCAAUCUUCCGGGCUUUGGAGAAAGUACGGGACUUCCAUACGCAGUAAACACUUUAGCAGCUGCAGACGCAGUAAUGCAGUACGCUAUUCAAGUUCUUGGAUAUCGCCAGGAGAAUAUUGUUCUUUUUGGGUGGUCGAUUGGCGGGUUCCCAGUUGCUUGGCUCGCGUCCAACUAUCCAAAUGUAAAAGCAGUUGUAUUGGAUGCCACAUUCGACGACUUACUGCCACUUGCGCUGUUCAGAAUGCCGACGUUCUUCUCUACCAUUGUGGAGCAUGCGAUCAGAAACCAUAUGAAUCUUCAAAUCGAUAAAUUGCUCGCUCGUUACAAGGGACCAAUCCGUCUGAUUCGACGCCUCCAAGAAGAGAUUCUGACCACUGCAGUUGAUGAUCAACCCGAGAAUGUUCGACGAGCAACAAAUCGAAUCAAUUGGCUACUCAAAUCGAUCAUCAAAGACAGACAUCCCGAGUUGAUUCAAAAUUUGGAACCACAAGUAGAUCGUUGGCUCGACAUGACUCCAACCGAACGGCUCAUGCAUUCGGGAGUCAGCUUGCGCGAAGAAUCAACACAAAGAAAACGUCUUUUUGAUGCAUGUAAUCACUAUUUGAUUGAUUUCGACGCAAAUCACGUUACUCCUCUCGAUCCACAAUACUUCAACAUUCCGCAUGGCCGUGAUACCUUCUAGGCAACCAUCUCAAUUAUCAACUCAAUUGUUCACCUUUCUCUUUGUCCCAACUCCCCAAUCGCUUGUACAUUUAAAUAAUAAUUGUAUUUAGAAUAGUCGAUAAUAUUGGGUGCAAUAUUUCUUUAUUUAUCGAAUGUCAAAAGAAAGCUAGUAUUUAUUUGUAUUUAUUUCAUUGUUUUUUAAAUAGUCAAGCAAUGAGUCAUGCGCU